GUCAUAUGCAAUAGACUCCUAUAGAAAAAUGGUGUCUUUUUACACGGGCAGUAGAGUGACUGAAAGUUAUUUGGAUUCACAAAAUCCUGGGUGAUGCAUUGGUGAUUUAGAGUAAUGCUCUCUCAAAAAUGGAUGUAGAGAAAGAGACUGGACGAAGAUUGCGCACAUUUUGUAGAAGGCGGUAUGACAAUGAGGACCUCUCAGACGAUGACAUAGCCAGCAUGAGGACUUUUGAUGUGGAGGAAAAGCUUAGUAGUGACUCAUACAAUUCAAGUUACGUGCAGUUUAUGAAAGGAAAAGAUUUUACCCUUGAAUAUGUGCAGAGAGAGACUAUCAAGGUCCCCAUUAUCUUCAGGGACAAAGAUGGUCUAGGAAUCAAAACACCAGAUACCGAUUUCAGUAUCAGGGAUGUAAAACUCUUCGUUGGGAGUCGUCGUAUUGUUGAUGUUAUGGAUGUCAAUACACAGAAAGGGAUUGAAAUGAGUAUGUCGCAAUGGGUCAAGUACUACGAGACACCAGAGGCUGAAAGGGAAAAGCUCUACAAUGUCAUAAGCUUGGAAUUCAGUCACACAAAACUUGAGAAUCUGGUCAAGCGGCCUGAUGUGGUGGACUUGGUGGACUGGGUCGACAAUAUGUGGCCACGACACUUGAAAGAAAAGCAACUUGACUCCACAAAUGCAAUUGCAGAGAUGAAAUAUCCCAAAGUUCAGAAGUACUGCUUAAUGAGCGUCAAAGGUUGUUACACCGAUUUUCACAUUGAUUUUGGUGGCACUUCAGUUUGGUAUCAUGUUCUUCGAGGAGGGAAGGUAUUCUGGUUAGUUCCACCCACAUCGCACAAUCUGGAGAUUUAUGAAGAAUGGGUUCUGUCAGGAAAACAAGGUGAUAUUUUCCUUGGAGACAGAGUGGAUGGAUGCCAGCGAAUUGAGUUAAAACAAGGAUAUACCUUUCUGAUCCCUUCAGGAUGGAUCCAUGCAGUGUACACUCCAGUAGACACGUUGGUUUUUGGCGGAAAUUUCCUGCACAGCUUUAAUAUUCCCAUGCAGCUUUAUAUUUAUGGGAUUGAGGAUCGAACUCGGGUUAAUGCCAAGUUCCGUUAUCCUUUCUACUAUGAAAUGUGCUGGUAUGUCUUGGAAAGAUAUGUGUUCUGUUUGACAAAACGGUCUCAUCUCACCAAGCAGUACCAGAGGGAAUCGAUGUUAAUUGAUACAGAGAAGAAACCAAAUACAGAGAGUCCUUCAUCAGAUUCCCGACUCGACAUGGAUGAGGAAUCUUCUGAUAUGCAUGUCAAGGAGGAGAAAGAUGAGACAAAAGAUAAAAUGAGCACUCAAAACACGAAAGGAUUUGAUGAUGAUUUGCCUUCUCCCGGCAGUACACAUUCAGAAGGAAAUGAUAGCACUGGAAAGACACAAAAACCGAUGAGGCAUUUAAAGCGGACUUUAUCUAAUGACUCAAAUGACAGUACUAAGUCACCAAUGCUGACGGACUGCCCAAAGACCCCAAGCGGAUCUCCUGACCCCUCUCAGCCGGUAUCUGAGGGGUCUAACAAAUGGAUUCACCUGACUGAGUUUGAACUGAAAGGGUUAAAGGCACUUGUGGAAAAACUGGAAUCCUUACCAGAGAACAAGAAAUGCAUCCCUGAAGGAAUAGAAGAUCCUUAUGCCCUUCUGGAAGAUAUGAAGACUGUUCUGGAGGAACAUGCUGAUGAUGACCAGAAAUUGGCUAUUACUGGAGUCCCGAUUGUAACAUGGCCAAAAAAGACAGUGAAGCAUAGGACAGUAGGCCGGCCAAAAGGAAAGCUUGGAACCUCUGCAGCAGUGAAGCUUGCUGCUAACAGAGCUACAGCUGGAGCACGUAGGAGGAGAACAAGAUGUCGGAAAUGCGAGGCAUGUUUAAGAACCGAAUGUGGCAAAUGCCAUUUCUGCAAGGAUAUGAAGAAAUUUGGAGGACCAGGGAGAAUGAAACAAUCCUGUAUCAUGAGACAGUGCAUUGCACCAGUCCUGCCACACACAGCAGUCUGUCUUAUCUGUGGAGAAGCAGGAAAAGAGGACACUGUGGAAGAAGAGGAGGCAAAGUUCAAUUUCAUGCUGAUGGAAUGCUCUAUUUGUAAUGAAAUUGUGCAUCCUGGCUGCUUAAAGCUACAGGAUGGAGAUGGAGUUGUCAAUGAAGAAUUGCCAAACUGCUGGGAAUGUCCAAAGUGCAACCAUGAGGGUAAAACAGGGAAAGUCUAUAAGCAGAAAAGAGGGCCAGGAUUUAAGUAUGCCUCCAACCUCCCAGGUUCACUGCUGAAAGAGCAAAGGCAGAACAAAGAGCACAAGGACAACAUGGAAACAGUCAAGAAAAAGGGUGAGCGAGAGGAAAAUUCCAAGCGGAAAUCCGAGGAACAUUCCAAGAAACAAUCAGAUGACUCUGUUCCCAGGAGGAAAUCCGAGGAUGGGCUUGUGAUACGGAAGCGACGAAUUGCUGAUAGAUCAUCAGACUCAGUUGUCAGAAAAAAGUUUAAGAUUGGAAGGGAAGAAAAGCUGUUAAGGAGAAAGAAACGAUCCUUGAAUCCAACCGAAGAGCAUGCAACACCUGUCAAAUUACUACGAAAUAUCAAACAAGAGCCAGAGGAUGAUCCACCCGAGACUCCUCAGAAAACAAAGGAAAGUGACCAAUCUCAGUCGAGCUCUCCUAGAGCUGGUCCUAGCACUGAAAGUGCAGAGUCCAAGGAGAAGAAAAGCGAGAGGUUUAAAGAAAAGCGCAAAAAGCGAUUGCACAAUAAAGAACUCAGUAAAGAGUUGAGCAAAGAACUCAAUCAGGAAAUUCAUAAAACUGAGAGUAGCCUAGCAAAUGAGAAUCACCAACCUAUUACAUCUGAAGGAGACAGUGAAAAAGUGGAAAAGCCUAAACGACUGCUGGUAAGCAGCGAGCGGCUACACAAGUUAAAUGGAACUCCUAGGUUUAGACACCAGCUUACAACGAGUUUGAGGCGGGCUCCCAGGGUUAUUACCCGACCUCCACCUUCGGUGUCCCCAACAAAAUCCAUUCAAAUGGAGCGGCACGUGGUGCGGCCUCCACCUGUCAGUCCACCCCCAGACUCAUUGCCCCUCGAUGAUGGCGAAGACCACGUGAUGCAAAGGGAGGUGUGGAUGGCUGUGUUCGGCUACCUCAGUCGCAGAGAUUUAUGUGUUUGCAUGAGAGUCUGUAAAACCUGGAAUAGAUGGUGUUGUGACAAGAGGUUAUGGACCAAGAUCGACUUGGGCCGAUGCAAAUCAAUCACACCUCUGAUGUUGAGCGGAAUCAUUAGGAGGCAACCUGUAACGCUUGACCUGAGCUGGACAAAUAUCUCAAAAAAGCAGUUAACUUGGCUAAUCAACAGGCUGCCAGGUCUUAAGGACUUGAUUGUUUCUGGUUGCUCCUGGGCAGCAAUAUCAGCACUUUGCAGCUCUAGUUGCCCUUUGCUCAGAACCGUAGAUCUCAGAUGGGUGGAAGGAUUAAAAGAUGCUCAAAUGAGAGAUAUGCUUUCACCUCCAACUGACAACAGACCAGGCCAGAUUGACAAUCGUAGCAAAUUACGUAACGUGACAGAUCUUCACUUGGCUGGCCUGGAUAUUACAGAUGCAACACUCCGCCUUAUUAUUAGGCACAUGCCGAUGCUCUCCAGACUAGAUCUUAGUUACUGUAACCAUUUGACAGACCAGUCAAUUAACCUAUUAACAGCAGUUGGCACAACAACAAGAGAUUCCUUAACAGAAAUCAAUCUAUCGGUUUGCAAUAAAAUCACUGACCAGUGCCUAACCUAUUUCAAACGCUGUGGCAACAUCUGCCGAAUAGAUCUUCGUUAUUGUAAGCAGGUAACGAAGGAAGGCUGCGAACAGUUCAUAGCAGAGAUGUCUGUUAGCGUUCAGUUCAAUUUGUCAGAGGAGAAACUGUUACAAAAACUUAGUUAACUAAGCAGAGAAACUGAACACCAAAACAAAAAGAACGUUUAAUUUCAUCACAUUUAAUUAUGACCAGCUCCUUGUUAUUGCUAUCAGACAAAUGGACAUGGACGAACUGUGCAAAGGACAGAAAUGUAAAGGUAGCAUAAGCUACUUACCCGAACAAAAAAUGUUUCUACACGUGAAGAAUCACUCAAAUUUGAAUUUAUUUCGUAAGUUUUAAUAAUGUAUAAAAAGACACUGAUCUACAAGUGUUUUUACUUGGUACGCAUAAACAUGUGGCAAGAAGAAUAUUGAUUAAAAAACUAAGAGUUUUGUGCACGUUUUACAACUGAAGCAUGUGCAUUGUAAAUUUUAAUUUGUGUUCUUUUUAAAAAUGCCAUCUUGGUAAAAAAAAGGGUUAUCUUAUAGAUAGAUCCAACCACACAUUGGAAUCACUUUGACCAUGUUAUAAAUAUUGUUCUGUUUUGUUACAAUCUACACAUCAUACAUUAUGCAGAAGUAUUUUUGUACAGAAAUUACUUUAUUGAGAGUAAUGUGGAAAUUUCAAUGGUAACAUUAUUACUUAUAUACAAUUGAAAUGCAAUUUAUUUCAAAUUUCCCUAUUUGUUACUUGUGGUUUAAUCUCUGUAUAGUUCCACAUGUUUCACGUGGAACAAUCUUUGUGACAUUUGUACGUGCCAUCGUUGCAUGCCUUUAAGGCAAUCAUGUUAGCAGUAAUAACACUGUAAUGAGAUGUUGGUUUUCCACCAAAUGUUGUUGCCAUUUUGUCAUUGCUGAAUUUGUAUAAAACUUUUGUCUUCAAUGCUGAACAAUUGGUAAAUUCAUGGGGAGCAGCAUUUUAAAUGCUGUACAAUAUACAAGCCUUUGACAAUUUUC